GGUCGAGAGAUGGAGAUCCAGAGAAGAGAAAGUUAUAACGGGAAAGCUCAGCCGGAGGGGGGCGGGCGCUGGGAUCCCCAAGGUCUCCGCCCCGGAAAGCGGGGCUUCGGCACUCUAUAAAGCACGGAGCCCGGGGCCCCCGGCUGCAGCCGCCUGCCGCAGGCCAUGAGCUCCAACUCGGACGCCGUCCCGGACCCCGAGGCCCCGCGGCCGCUCGCGCAGCGCCGCCACGGCUGUGUCCCGCUGCCCUGGGCCCUGAGUAUCGCGCUGGUGCUGUUCGCCGCCGCCGGCGCCGCCUACGUCAUCCGCACCUGGGUGGUGCCCCGAGGCUCCGCUUCGCCGGGCCCCAGCCCCGCGCCCGACUCGAGACUCCCCGAGGUCCCCGAGUUCCUUCCCGACGCCCGCGCUCGCCUCCCCGACUCCACGCAGGGCGAGGGCGUGUUCGCGCAGCUGGUGGCCGGAGAUGCCCUGCUGACCGAUGGACUCCUGCACUGGUACAGCGGCCCUGGCUUGAAAGGUGUGUUCUUGGCACCUGGCCUGAGCUAUGAUGAGCACACGCAGGAGCUGGUGGUGGCUGAGGCUGGCAUCUACUAUGUCUUCUUGCACCUGGAACUGCAACGUGUGGUGGCCAGCGCUGGCUCUGGCUCCGUCUCCGUUGCCCUGCACCUGCAGCCACUGGGUGCAAGGGGUGUAGGGGCUGCAGCUCUGGCCCUCACCUUGGACCUGCCAUCUCCAUCCUCUGAAGCCCGGGACUCAGCAGCUGGUUUCCGGGGUGGCCUGCUGCACCUCAGUGCUGGCCAGCGCCUGGGUGUCUACCUCAAGGCUGCAGCCGGGGUGCACCCCGCCUGGCAGCUUGCUCAAGGUGCCACGGUCUUGGGCCUCUACCGAGUGUCCACCAAGGUCCCCGCUGGACUCCACUCUUGACAGCCUUCAUGAGGCAGGACGGACUUUGUGAGGCAGGCAGGGUUGCCACCCGCUGCAGGGAGGCUGAAGCCUGCCUUGCUUUCUUGGGGCCUCUGGUGAUGGGCUCUGGCUUCUCUACCUCACCAGGCUGGGCAGGGGUUCUGGCUGCUGACCCCUUUCUCAAGGACUCUUCUGGUUCCUCUGUUACUCCUGCCCCAAGUCGAACCCUUGGUAUUUAUUAUGAGCCUGAGCUCAGACAGUAGACUUUAUAUUAAUAUAUUGAACUUAUAUUUAUUGAUCACCUACUACAUGGCAGGUACUGUGUAGGGCUGGAGAAACGCCAGCCAACAAAGUAGACCCCCCAAAAUCCUUAUUUAUGCUAAUAUGUGAGAAAUAAAGACUCACUUCUAGCCCCACUCUGGCAUUUGUGGGCUAGCUUUUGGGGAUUCACAGGAUUCUUUGUUGUGUGAGUUUCAUUCAUUCAUGCGACUUGCAUUUUGAGCAUCUACUGUGUGUCAUGCACUGUUUUAGGUGUUGAGGACAUAGCUGUGAGCAAGACAGACCAAAAUCCCACUUUCGCCAAGCUGACGUCUAUUGGGCUGGGUUGACUCUGUGACUGUGAUUGUGUGAGACUUGGUGUGGCUGGGCCAGGGGGCACUGAGAGAUGGUGUGUGGCACUGGGUAAUAAAGUGGUAACUUAA